AUGGCGACGCCAAAGAGCAUAUCGCAGUCGGUUCUCGACAUCAUCACACAGUUUGCGCUCAACAAGUUUGACGACGCGGCGACGCGCAUGGCCGCCGGCACACCCACCUUUCUUGCCGUCAUUGACGCCUUUGUCGCCGACCAAAGGGAGAUCCAGACAUGCCUGCCCUCGUUCCCGUUCAAGUCGGCCAACAAGGAGUACAAGGUGCUCGGCGCGCUGCCGGACAAGGCCGAGGAGCUCGCCCUCGGGCGCCUCGACAACAUGUGUCGGCGCAUCCGCGAGGUGUAUCCCCCGGGCGCGCGCGUCACCAUCAUCUCCGACGGCAUGACGUAUAACGACCUUCUCUCCAUCUCGGACCGCGAGACAUGGCAGUACGGCGAGGCCCUCCGCAAAAUGGCCGACGCCAAGGGCUUCACCCACAUCUCCUUUGCGCGCAUCCGCGACCUCGUCGACUGCGCGCUGCCCGAGACGCUGCGUGAAAUCACCUACGUCGCCAACUGCACCAACAUGCGGCGCCUGCUGCUCAACGAGCACGGCCGCGACGACCUCGACAUGGACAAGGAGAUUGUCGACAACCCCGACACCAAGCUGACCUACCUCGGCUACUGCCGCUUCCUCGAGUCGGACCUGCGCCACAUCUUUCCCACCGACGAGAACCGGACCAACCGCGCCUACAAGCGGGACGUCAAGUACCUGGCCAAGCAGAUGCUGAAGCGCGGUUACGCCUUUGCGGGAGCCGUCAAAAAGGCCUUCCCCAACCAUCUCCGCCUCUCCAUCCACGAGUCCUUUGGCGAGCACAAGGUCUCCAUCAGCCUGCUCAACACGCAGACUGGCUUCACCACGCCCUGGCACUGCAGCGUCGCCCAGCUCGCCGACGGCGAGUGGAUCAGCGCCCCCAUGGGCGAGUUUCAAAAGGACGACCGUCUCGAGGUCGUCUUCGAAAACGGCCGCCCAUCGCACUUUCGAGAAAAGGCCCGCGCCCCGGACGCACCCCCCAGCAUCGCCGAAUCGUGGACCGCCUUUAUGCCGGCCAAGAAGAUUAGCCCCUCGUCGGCCGGCUCCCUCUCACCGAGCUUGCAGUCCGAUGCGGGCCAGCCGGCGCAGUUGGGACUCGGGAUCAGCGGCUGCACGACGCCGGCGAGUAGUGACGCCGCCUCGGACGGCGAGUUCGUCGAGAAGCAGGUGGCCGCCGCCGCGCCGGACUAUGGACGACGCUUGCUGCCGCAGAUUAUAGACAAGCGGGCGGCAGCGCAUCCGGAUCAGAUCCUGUUUUCGCUCUCCAGCAUGGUCAAGAAUCAGCUCGAGUUUCAAGAGAUUUCGGCCAAGCAGUUUGCGCAGGCCAUUGACAAGACGGCGUGGUGGCUGGAGAGCAAGGUCGGCAAGCAAACCGCAAUCCAACCGAUCGGAUACAUCGGACCACACGAUCUUCGACAUAUUUUGUUGACAUAUGCCUGUGUCAAAGUCGGCUACGCGGCUCUCUUCCUCUCUCCCAAGAACAGCACCCAAGGCGCCCUCUCCGUGCUCGACACCCUCCACUGCGACAUCUGGGCCAGGGCCAGCGACGCGCCCCUCGCUCCCCUCGUGCAAGACGUCCUUGAGCAGCGCCCCAUGACCAUCCUCGAGCUCCCUCCCCUCGCCGACCUCCUCUCCGCCAGCACCACCCCACCCUACCCCUACACCAAGAGCUUUGCGGCCGCCGCCACCGACCCCUUUUGCUACCUGCACACGUCCGGCAGCACCGGAAUCCCCAAGCCGAUCCCGUGGUCGAACGCGCUCAUCGGAACCAUGGACGCCGUGCGCCUGCUGCCCCGCGUCGCCGACGAUCACGGCCUGCUGCCGUGGACAACUGACUGGGCCGCGCACGACCGCAUCUAUUCUUCCUUUCCCAUGAGCCACGGCGCUGGCAUCAUCAUGAACAUCCUGCUCCCCGCGCUCAUGGACCUGCACUGCAUCAUGGGGCCCGUCAAUGUGCUGCCAAACAUCACCCUUGUAGAGGCGCUGGCGGAGCAGGCUAGGAUCGACAUCUGGAGCAUGGUGCCGUCGCUAACCGAUGAGGUCGGCGAGACUCCCGACGUGCUGGCCAAGUUGGCAUCGUCCAAGUUCAUCUGCGCGUCCGGCGGGCCCGUGAGCCCAGUGAGCGCGGGCAAGGCCAACGCGGUCGUGCGCGUGCUGAACCUCACGGGCACCACCGAGGGGCUGUUCAUUGGCAACCUGGUGCCCGCGCGGGAGGACUGGUUCUGGUUCGCGUUCCACCCGUACUCUGGCUUCGAGUUCAAGCCGCUCGACGACGAGGACACGUACGAGCACUGGAUCCACCGCGACGAGACGCACGCGGCGCUCUUCCAGGGCAUCUACCACACCUUCCCCGAGCAGCAGUCCAUCAACUUCAAGGACCUGUACAUGCGGCACCCGACCAAGCCGUAUCUGUGGGCGUUCAAGGGCCGCAACGACGACCUCAUUGUGCUCUCCAACGGGUACAAGAUCUCACCGCUGCAGACCGAGGCCUUCAUCGCCGCGCACCCGGCCAUUGACGGCUGCCUGGUCAUUGGCACCGGCAAGCCGCAGGCCGCGCUGCUGAUCGAGCUCAAGGACCCCAACGGCAAGACGGAGCCCAUCCUCGACAGCAUCUGGGAGACGGUGCAGGCGGCCAAUGUGCAGAUGCGCCACAAGAACCAGCUGCUGCGCGACUUCAUCGCCUUUACCGAGCCGGACAAGCCGUUUGUGCGGACCGACAAGGGCACUGUCAAGCGGCCUGCGACGCUGACCCUGUACGCCGAGUACAUUGAGCGCUUCUACAGCUCGCGCAACAGCGACAUUCCCGUCUUCGACGUCGAUCUGAGCUCGCCGGCGUCCAUCCAGCAUGACGUGCGCGAGCUGUUUGCCUCGUACCUGGCCGAGGUGCGCGACGUGCCGCUCGACGCCAACCUGUUUGAGCUCGGUUUCGACUCGCUCGCCGUCUUCGCUGCCAUCAAGACGCUGCGCAUCGUCACAGGCCUGGCCGAUCGCCUGAGCGCGCGCCAGCUGUACGCCAAUCCCACGCUCGGCGGCUUCUCGUCGGUGCUGCUCGAGCUGGCCCAGGAAUCAAAGACGUCGACGUCCGAUGCCGGUGCCAGUAAAGUCACGGAGCUGCAGAGGCUCAUGGCGCAGCACCAGGCGCGCCAGUCAUUCAAGCUCAACCCCAUGGACUACGUCAACCCAAACCACUACAUGGGGCUCGUCUUUUACUUUCCCCUCGCCGACGGCGUCAGCUUCCAGGAUGCCUUUGAGACGCUGUCCAAGGGCCUGGACCGCACCAUGGAUCAGAUCCCCGCGCUGGGCGGCAAGAUGGUGCCCUGCUCUCCGUACGAGAUUGGCUAUGCCAAGGGCGACUUGUGCGUCAGCAUCCCCCCCGCGCACAUGGCAUCCUCCCCGCACGGCAGGCUCAUCUACAAGGACUGUGCCGCACUUCUGCCCUCGUUUGCGGAGCUGCGCGAAAAGGACUUUGUGCCGUCGCUGUUCCACGACGAGGUCAUCCUGCAGCAAGACACGUUUCCCAGCCUGCCUGCCGACAUUGUCCUCGCGCAGGCCAACUUUGUCCGGGGCGGGUGCCUGCUCGCCGUGGACAUGAACCACUGCUGCCUCGACGGCAUGGGUGUCAUGAUUGCGCUCAAGGCGUGGGCGGAGAACUGCCGCUUCCUCCAGGGCGACGCGGCGGCGACGUGCUCGUGGCUCGACGUCGACAGCUUCAAUCAUGGCCUCCCCGAAAUCAUCCACCAGCAGGAAGGAUGGACCAAGUCGCCGGACGAGGUUGAUCCCGGCACAUGGGGCUUCCUCCCGUUUCAACCCGCCGAGGACGCGGCCCCGAGCAGGUACGUCCCGACAGCAGCAGAUCUGCCGCCGGCGCCCAAGUUCAAGCUGCAUUCCGUGUGGCCGCUCCCCCGCGCCGAGCGGUGCAUGAACACGACCGUAGUGGAGAUUUCGGCGGAAAGCAUCCGGAAGCUCAAGAAGCAAGUGCUGGCCGACCCCGGGACCAAGGGCUCCAGUGUCUCGGUCAGCGACAUUGUGCAGGCCUUUUUCUGGAGACUGGCCAUUCGCGCAAGACGGCAUGUGGCCAAGGCUAAGGGAAAUGAUUAUUCGGAAGCGGACGGCAUUUCCAUCUUGGAGGCGCCGACAGACGGGCGCGCGCACUUUUCGUCGCUGUUGCCCGCUACGUACAUGGGCAGCAUGCUCAUCAUGAGCCGCUCGGUGCUGUCGACACAGGAAUUGUGCGCACCAGACACCAGCCUCGGGCGCAUCUCCCAGGUGCUCCGUGACACGGCCGCGCGUGUCACGCCAUCUCUCGUGCACGAUGCGUUUACGCUUUUGCAGUCGCUUCCCGAUCACGCGCGCUUCUCGACGGCCAACAUGGGUCUCGACCACAUGCACGCCAUGAUCUCGAACCUCAUGCUGUUCCAGACGAGCGAGAUUGAUUUUGGCAGCAAAUUGUUUGCCAACAAUGGAUCGCCCGAGACAAUGCGACCGCAGCUGGUGCGCGCCAACGGGCGGUUCCGGUUCUGGAUCAUCUCGCCGAUGAAAAAGGACGGCGCUGUAGAGCUUGUUCUGGGCACGUUUCCCGAAGAGCUUGCCUUUUUUACCGGAGACGAAGAGUUCAACAGAUAUGCCAAGGUGGUAGAUGUUUCAGCUUGGUAA